AUCACGGGCUCCCUCCAAAUCGUUGGCCAUGGCGGUUGACCGGAAAGAAAAGCGUUGGUCCUUCUUUCAGAGUUCAGACCUCACUUUGGGAAAAUUAUGGAGGUAUCGGCUUUAAAAUUUAUUGGUGAAUUUAAAUCUACCUUUCGAGCGGUUUUGUUUAGGAGCAGAAAAAAAAGCCGUUCCAUUUUAACCUACAGAUUGGAUCGCGGGACGACGAUGAUGACUUCGCUUGAAGCACCUCGAAUUCCAUUAUCGUAGAGGAAACAAUGCAAUUUCCUCUAGACAGACAACCAAGAAAAAGUGGUUCUCUUGGCCUUUUGUUUGUAUUUUAGCAAAGAAGGUUCAGAUGGAUCCUUCCAUCAUGAAGCUCCUCGAAGAGGACGAGUAUUUUCAGGAUGACACUAUACAUUCAGGGGCAGAUGUAGAUGCUUUCACCGCUGCACUAAAUAGAGACAUUGAAGGUGAUAUUUCUACUUCUCAGCCAUCAGAUUCUGACAGCGUUGUGUUGUCCCAUAAUAUAAAUCCUACAUCCAGUCAAUUGUUUCUACAAUGGCCAAUUUCUAGACAGAAAGAAAAUAUCACUUGCCAAAAUCAACAAGAACUAAAGAAUGUACAACCACAAGAGGAGUAUCCAUCUGAAGCUGAUCCAAUGCAAUUUGGAACUGAUUUUAACAACCAGAGCUCAGAGGAACACAUUCAACUCCCUUUGCAACAGAAGCAGUCCAAUGAUGAUCAGAAACAGCAUCAAGAAGAACAAAAAUCUCUCCAGGUUUCUCAAAAAAGUGGGGUUAAGAUAUCUGAACAAAAUCCACUUCACUUUUCAGAUCAGGAUAAAAUGCAAAAUGCUGAUAGCCAACAUCAGUACCCCACAUUAUAUAAGAUGAGUAAUCAACAGGCCCCAACAGCAGACCAGGUAAUGUCCCGUGGCAAACAAAUAUCAUUUAGUUUGUUGCUCCCUGUCUUACUGCCUCACCUUGAUAAAGACAGAGCUAUGCAGCUUCAGACACUUUCUACCAAAUUGAGGAAAAAUGAAAUCCAUAAAGAGGGAUUCAUCAGGCUCAUGAAGAGUAUUGUGGGGGAUCAUAUGCUAAGACAGGCACUAGCCAAAGUGCGUAUGCAGGAACUAAUUAAGGCUCAGGCUUCUCGGAACCCACAGACAGGAUCCCACCAUUUCCAGUUUCAGUCUCAAACUUCUUCACAACAUCAGCAGCAGCAGCCACCACCACCACCACUUAAAAUGCCAUCUCUUAAUGCAUCACAGUUUACGGAUCCACUUUCAUUUGCACAACUUCAUCAGAAUAGCCACAAAUCACCCACUGACCUGUCUCGGGUUCCCACUUCAACGGUUCAAACACAGAGUAAUUCAACUUUCUCUACCACAGAAAACAGUGCUCAGAUGUCUAAAGAUUCAGAAAAUCAGUUAGAUUCACAGGGAACACAUGCAAGCCAAAUCUCAUCUGCUAAUAUGAGCAUGAUUAAGCAGGAAAAGGAGCUCCCUUCAAUUCCCAUGCAAGGACUUAAUAAGCCGCAGCAACAGCAUUUACACCUUCCACAGACAUCUUUCGCAAUGUAUGGGAGUGCAGUUAGUAACUAUCAUGCUGCUCAUGCCUAUUCUGGACCAGUUAUCAGUGGUACAACAACUUCUCAUAAAUCCCAAACUCAAGAUUCACAAAUGAGGCAAGUUUCACUUCAUCAAGGCAUGACAUCAACUCAGCUAGGAGGAGCAACUCGGCCUAUGAACAUGAUGAGUGUGCCUAAGUAUGAAAUGCAAAAUUCAAUUAAUGAAUCCAAGAGAUUGCCAGGAGGAUCUCUUCCCCACUUGUCAAGCCAUUCAACAUUACAACAAAGUCCGGUUCCCUGGCAAUCAUCAAUUAAGGAGCAUAAAACUGUUAUUCCAUCAUCAGUGUCUUAUGUAAAACAAGAACAAAAUGAUCAGACUGCUGAGCAGCAGCACAAAUCCCAAUUGUCAGUUCCCCAGGGUUCAUCUUUUGCCACUAUACAGACUGAGCAGGAGGAAACCAUGGAUAAACAAUCUACUAUGAUGACCUUUUCAACAUCUACAAGUAUUGGACCCACUAAUUCAGUAUUGGGUACCAUGCCAGCACAACUAGAGUCCAUGAUGCGGACCCAGAUCCCAUCUGCAGCCACUCCAGUUGGGGCUGGACUUAGUGCAAAGACACCCCUGAAGAAACCUUCUGUUGGUCAAAAGAAACCUCUUGAAGCACUUGGAACCUCUGUGCCCUCAUCAAGUAAAAAACAAAAGGUAUCUGGGGCCUUUCUUGAUCAAAGCAUUGAACAGCUCAAUGAUGUUACUGCUGUCAGUGGAGUUAAUUUGAGGGAAGAGGAAGAGCAGUUAUUCUCUGGGUCUAAGGAGGAAAGCCGAGCUUCAGAAGCAACUCGAAGGGUUGUACAAGAGGAAGAAGAAAGAUUAAUCUUGCAGAAAAUACCUCUUCAAAAGAAACUGACAGAAAUUAUGUCAAAAUGUGGCAUAAAAAGUGUAAGCAGUGAUGUGGAACGUUGCCUCUCAUUGUCUGUGGAGGAGAGAAUGAGAGGACUGAUCAGUAAUCUAAUCAGAUUAUCAAAGCAGAGGGUUGAUAUUGAAAAGCCAAGACACCCAACUCUUAUUACUUCAGAUGUUCGAUGUCAAAUUAUAAUGAUGAACCGUAAGGCCAAGGAGGAAUGGGAUAAAAAACAGGCUGAAGAAGCUGAAAAACUCCGAAAGCUCAAUGAAGAACGAACUUCUUCAAAACAUGUAAGGAAGGAUGACCAAGAUGACAAUGCUGCUGAUGUGGGGUAAGAGAUGAAUGAAGAGCUUUAUGUGGACCAUGAUCAUCCAGGUGGUACAAUCGUACAACUUCAUGACCGCUACCAAUUGUCUUCCCCAUCUUGAGAUCCUAAAAGACAUAGUAAGAAGAAUAAAAGGUUACUGAACAAUGAAGAGAUUGAGUAACCUUACAGACAAUAAACGAAAGGGAAACUUGGGUUCAUAAAAAAUAGUGUAGACUAAGGUCAUAACCAAGAGACGCAUUACUAGUAUUGGUAAUGAAGAGGAGCCAUCAUCUAACAUGACAGUCUGGGAUGUAGAAGGAGGAGAUAGAGAUACAAACAUGUCUGAGGAUCUAGUCAUAUGGUUCGAGGUUCUACAAUCUCUAUUGUACACCUACUGUAGCACUCAUUUUUCACUUGGGAAAAACACCACACUUCUACUUGAAAUACUAGGAUAGCAUCACACACCACCAAGAUAUCACCAAACCACAAGACACCACAUACUCACUACACAUCGAAAAUCAAUCACAAUACAAUCCGAGACAUCAUAGAGCUGCCCUCUUCGAACUGUCAAGUAGAGGGAUCUUAGAAAAGCACCACUAACUAACAAGACACUGCAAUCUGAGGCAUUAAAACCUCUUUUUCAAAGGGGCAACCAGUCCUUUUGUGUCCUUUUAUCCGUUUACAAAGAAUAGAAAAUGUUCUCUAUUCCUAGGGCACGAAGGAGAAAGACAUGAAUAGUGACAGUCAGCUUUGGUGCUCUGAUACCAUGUGCUGGCUUAAGAAAAAGUGAUAAAAGUGAAAGAAAAAGAUAGGAAAAGUGAAGAGCAGUAGAGAAGAGAUAGAAGAAAAGGAGAAGAAGAAAAAGGGAGAACCAAGGAGAAGUCGAACCAGGCUUCCUUGACUGUCGACCCUUGGUGUAUUCCUAUUCUAUGACUGUUGAAAUUACAACUAUGCCCCCAGUUAAGUAAAACUCAUUCAAUAAGAUAAAAAACUAGAAAAAGACAAGUA